AUGGGCAAUGUGCAGACCCGCAAUUUCGAUGCCAAAUGUAUACCACAGCGACGGGGUAGCAUGUAUUGGAGUUUUCGUUACUCCUCGACGCGUCGCAAUCGGGAUGCCAAAACAAUGACUGUUUUUAAUUCGAAAAUGCCAAUAUCGGAAUGGUUGGAUUUGCUCGAUUUGAGGGAAUAUGAAAAUAUUUUUCAGGCCUACUCCUGUGUAGAUGAUUUAAUGGAUUUAGAUGAUGCCGAGCUCAAAGAAAUGGGGGUACGCAGCGGCGAACAUCGUUCGAAAAUGUUGUCGAGUUUGGUAAGAGUGCAGGCCAAACGAAGGCAGUCGGUGAAUAUUGAAGCUUCUCGCAACAGUAGUUCAUCGCCACUUCAAUUGAAACGUAAGAAUUCAUGUCCGGCCAUUCGCAUGUCACGCGGUAGCAUUUUGGAACCAGAUUUGGAUAAAUCGAUUUUGCGAAAUUCCAAAAAAGAGAAUCGGCCCAAGGUUAAUAGUCCAGAGGAAAAGAGGAGAUUUACAUUUGGUGAGGCGGAUAUAAUUUAUGAAGAACUAAGACGUCGCAACAGCACCAGUUCCGACAAGGUGGAAACAAAACCAGAAGACUCCAUUCAAAAUACAACGACCACGACAACUCCAUCAACAGCCAACAUGGAUAAUGAAUCCUCUUCAUCAGGCGUCGGCGGCGGAGGUGGCAAUACCGGUUCCUUUAGCCAAACAUCAUCGCUGAUUGGUGCCACCCUGCCACCCACCAACGAACAACAAGAGGUUAUGGCAUUGAAAAAAGCCCUUGAAUGGGAACUAAGUUUGGAUUCGCGAGAUUUACGUUCCCAUGCCUGGUAUCAUGGUCCAUUGCCACGACAGCGUGCCGAAGAGAUUGUACAGCGUGAAGGAGAUUUUCUGAUAAGAGAUUGUACCUCACAGCCGGAUAAUUAUGUACUAACGUGCCGCACUAAAACAUCUGUUCUACACUUUGUUAUCAAUAAGAUAUUGGUCCAACCGGAAACAGUUUAUGAGAGGGUCCAAUACCAAUUCGAAGAGGAUGCAUUUGAUGCAAUUCCAGAUCUCAUCACAUUCUAUGUGGGAUCGGGAAAACCCAUAUCCUUGGCCUCGGGGGCUCGCAUCCAGUAUCCUUGCAACCGGCAUUAUCCUCUCUCAUUUUAUGGCCAUAAAAUUGUGGGCAAUCAUUUGCACUCCCAAAUGUUGGCCGGUCUAAGGGGUGUCAGUCCCCUUAACUCACCAUUGGCAGCCAAUGCAGGAUUCCGUUUCACCGGCACGCCAAUGAAUGCCCAGCAGCAACAACAACAGCAGUCCCAUAACAUUUUACAGCAUCAACAGUCACUACCCACCUCUAUUGGUGGCGGGGGAGGCCACAUGGCGAAGCAACCCGAUAGUCCCAUGUCUUCACCACCACGAAAUAAAAUCUAUCCAGCUCCCCGGUUACCCUCUAAGAAGCAGCGUUCUCAAAGUCUGACCCCAGCCCAAGCCAUUGUGGUAUCGAAUAUCAAAAAUGCCGAAGCUGGUAACAGUGCAGAUGGUAUGAUCCAGGGCGGAGCUUCGAGUAAUGGAGAAAAUGGGUUCUCCACAAAUGGUGCCAUGGCUGUCAGGCGAUUCAAUCAAUUGGAGAAAAGCAAUAGCGGCUGUGGUUCACCAAAUGAUGGGGGAGGAGGUGUCCAGCUACAUAACCACUUGGAGAACUUGAGUAUCCAUGGCAAAAUUCCGGCAAAUGGUUUCCAAACCAUUGCCCGUUGUACCAUGGGCGAUGUGGGGGAGCAUCCACAUGCCAAAUUUACCACACAUUCCUUGCCACGACCAGCCACCAAUAGUUUCCGUGGUAAUCUGAAUCGUACCUCUAGUCUGGCUAGAGAUUUUAAUGUGGAUGCCUCGGCGAAUAUGUUCUCGAGUUUGGAGAUAAGUAAGAUCCCCGAACUGCCAGAGAAACCACCAAGUCCACCACCAAAACCCAAUCGCAAUAAUGGUGGGGGAAGCAUCAGCAGCUUGGCAAGGUUACCCAAAGAUGUGGGUGGAGGUGGUGGGGUUAUAUUGGAUCAACAAUAUCCCUUGCAGAGGCAGGGUGGAGGUAUGGCUGGCAUAUAUCAGUUGAGUGGUUCAGAUUCCGGUAAUGGUUCGGGAGAUUCUAUGCCGGGCGAUAUGAAUGAAUUCAUAAUGCAUCGUGGGGUUAUAAUAAAAAAUCCACGAUUUAUGAGCAGCUCCGCAUCAUCGGCCACCCUGAAGAGUUUGAGUGAAUUUGAUGUUCAGGCGGCAGAGGAUUUGCUGUUUACUUUACAGAUUCCAGAAUAUAAGCCGGUCUCCAAAUUCGAUGUAGAGAAUUUCAGCACUCUUCUGCUACCCUCUGUGGAAAAUCGCCCUUUGGAUGGUGAUGCUUUGAAUACCUUUAAAAUGAUGCUACUCGAAACUGGACCCAAAAUGUUGGCCGAACACAUUACCCGAAUUGAUAUUGGCCUACUAAUAGAAGCUCCCACAGCUUCGCUGGCCGAAGCGGAAACUCAAAAUGCAAAUGACAAACGUAACAAUUUAGACUGCUGUGGCCUGGAGCUGCUGACCCUGCCCCAGGGUAAAAUAUUCCGCCAAGAUUUAAUUGAACGUACCCAAUGCUUGAAGCUGAUGGUGGCCGUUACCAUUCUCACCUGUCAAACGGAUUUGGAUCGUGCCGAAUUGCUUAGCAAAUGGAUACAAGUGGCAGUGGAAACUAAGACGGCAUUGGGUAAUCUCUUUGGAUUCUCAUCGAUUAUGCUGGGCCUGUGUAUGCCUCAAAUUCAAAAACUAGAUUCCGCUUGGCAUCUUUUGCGUCAAAAAUAUACCGAUGAUGCGUUUAUGUUUGAGGCGAAACUCCGGCCCACAUUGAUUAGCAUGAAUGAAUGUUCCAAUCCUCAGGCACCCAAUACAACAGUUCCUUAUGUCCUGCUCUAUGCUUUGCUGAAGGAUCGUUCGGUAAUGGAUAUUUUGAAUUUCAACAGCUCGACAGAGAAAUCGUCGCUAUAUACUAUGUGUAUCACAUCGUGGGAGAGUAAGGCCGAUGAUUUUGGAAUGUAUAUUAAUUAUGCCCAUUUGGAUUCGUCGCGGAAUUUCUUGAAUAGUCUGAAAUUGUAUCGAAAGAAUGCCAAGAUUAUGUUGGAGGAAUCGAUAUCGAGGAUGGAUGAGCUGUUAAGUGAUGCGUUUAGAACCGAAUUCCACAUCAAAUUCCUAUGGGGUAGCAAGGGUGCCACAGCCACUGCCGAUGAUCGUCACUCGAAAUUGGAGAAAGUUUUAGCCCUGAUGGCGGAUAAAUUUUGUAAUGCCGAUUCGAAUGGUUCAACAAACACUGCCUAA